CUCAUAUCAGGAAGUAAGCUACAAAAUCCUGGCGUGCAUCUAAAAAAGUGUUCUCUGUUUACCUUUAGCUACCGCUUACGUAAGUUUGUUAGAAUUCUCAAAAGACCAAAUGAACAGACACGUAGAGGAUGAUUCAUAUGAGAUAGAGGAGCCAAGUGAUGAAGAAAGAGCUGAAGACAGCUCUGAGGAUGAGCUGGAAGUGCUCUUGAACGGGACCCCAGAUCAGAAGAAGAAACUCAUCCGAGAAUACCUCACUGGGGAGAGUGAGUCCUCCAGUGGGGAUGAGUUUGAGAAAGAGAUGGAGGCAGAGCUCAGCACCACCAUUAAAACUAUGGAGUGCAAAUGGGUGCCACCUACAGCAUCAGCAGGGGAGACUUCAGGUACCAAUGAUAAUGCUUCAACACCUGGGUUACCACAGCCAGAGCUUUAUGACAACGUUUAUUUUGACUCCGAUUCAGACGAGGAGGAAACAGCUCCAAGUAGUUCGUCAGGUCAGAGACGCAGGAAACAGCGAUCCAUCCCCACCAAUGAUGAACUACUGUACGACCCUGAUGAGGAUGACCGGGAUCAGGCAUGGGUGGACGCCAAGAGGAAGAGGUACAAUGAAAAGAGAAGAUUGCCAUCAUCACGGAACAGAAGAGGGCAGUCCCAGGGGCUUCCAAGCAGCGAUGCUGUCCUUAACUGUCCAGCAUGCAUGAUCACGCUGUGCCUCGACUGCCAAAGGCAUGACAAAUACAGGACUCAAUACAGAGCCAUGUUUGUCAUGAACUGCACCGUAAACAAAGAGGAGAUUUUACGGUACAAAACGCUCAAUGAGAAAAAUCUGAGGAACAGAAAGAGGAGGAAAGGGUGUCAACCAGAGCCAACAACAGCAAUGGAAGCCACAGAUUCAGGAGCGGUGUUGGGGAUGGGCGGAGAGAUCUACCAUCCUGUCCAGUGUACAGAGUGCUCCACUGAGGUGGCAGUGCUCGAUAAGGACGAGGUCUACCACUUUUUUAACAUCCUCGCCAGCCACUGCUAAAAUUACACUGUUGCUGUGACCUUUGUGAUAUCUCUGAUAAGACUUCUGUUGCCUGAAUGCACAUGCCAACAUAUUUUUGUGGUAUAAGACAGGUGUGUAUUAUCAUGUACAGUACCUGUACAGCCACUGUCCUCCAACAUUAUAUUAAGUUUACCCCUAUGGUAUUUGUAUUUUUCUUGGUAUUUAUAUAUUUUUUGUGUGCAACAAAUCUACUUAUUUUGUUUUUCUGAAGUUGGACCUGGCUACCACAGAUAUUUAGUCAUUAGUACAUAUUAAAAACAUUAACAUUUUA